UGAGAGUUAAGAGGGUGCGAGAAAAUACAGAUUAAAGAUAGGGAAGGAGACAGGGCGAAGUUCCUCCUUUCCCUUUCGCUUUCCAGAUCCAAUGUAACCAAGAAAAAGGAGAAAUCCUCUUAUGCUCUUAUCCAGAAUUAAAACCCUAAUGGAUUGAUUCAUUCAUUUGUCCGCCUUCCUAAUUUCAUCCUCCCUUCUCUUUUUUCGUCCCUCAAUUUCGACGCUGCAGUUGUGUUUUAUUUUCAUCUGUUUCCCCCCUUCUAGUUUUAACAAUGUCGACGAGAGGGAGCAGAUCGGAGAAGGUGAAGAGGAUCUUCCAUAAAUUCGACGCCAACCAUGAUGGAGGUCUCAAUAGGGACGAAAUGGCUGCGCUUGUUGUGGCUGUUAACCCUAGGGUCAAGUUCAGCGACGAGCAGAUCAAUGCUAUUCUCGACGAGGUGUUUCGGACGUAUGGGGAUUUUAUCCAGGGCGACAAGGGUUUAACUUUUGAGGGAUUGUUGCGGACUUAUGACGAUGGUGCGGGAGAUGUGGACCGUGACUUCGACGCGCUUGAAUUGGAGCUUAAUCAGGACGAUGGCAAGGGAAUUAUGGUAACUUCAGAGGCUUCGUCCUCUUCGAUUACCGACGAGCGUGCUUUGGAGUCGCAGAAGAAGCAGAGAACGGCAGCGUGGGCGUUGUCGCCGAAUCACGGCAUUGUCUUUGAUGAUACUUGGAAGAUUGUGGAUGAUUUGGAGGUUUUGAUCAAAAGGUUGAAGGCGAAGCAGGCUAAGGAUGGGAAGUUGAAGGGGGACAAUUUCGAUGCCUACUCUGAUGCCGGCUGGUCGAGAGAAUUGGGGCCGUCUUCGGAGCUUUCGGAUAAGAGGGUAUUCUGGGAAGAGUCUGGCCAUGAAUAUGCUUCAUUUCUGAAGGAGUUAGGGGUGUUGAGAACCCGAGCAGAUCGAGCGCGAUCCAGAGAGGAGGCUUUUGAUGGGCAUAUGGCAAUUGGUAGGGUUUUAUAUGAGCACCAGCUCUUUAAGGAGGCUCUGGUGAGCUUCAAGAGGGCUUGUGAGUUGCAGCCUACUGACGUGAGGCCGCAUUUUAGAGCUGGGAAUUGCUUGUAUGUUCUUGGAAAGUUCAAAGAGGCAAAGGAAGAGUUUCUGCUGGCACUGGAGGCGGCCGAGGCGGGUGGAAACCAGUGGGGAUAUUUGCUUCCACAAAUUUAUGUGAAUCUUGGUAUUGCACUUGAAGGCGAAGGUAUGGUUUUAAGUGCUUGUGAAUACUAUAGAGAAGCUGCAAUUCUUUGUCCCACACAUUUUAGAGCUUUGAAACUUUUGGGUAGUGCUCUAUUCGGGGUAGGGGAAUAUAGGGCGGCCGUAAAGGCCUUGGAAGAGGCCAUAUUCAUGAAACCGGAUUAUGCUGAUGCUCACUGUGAUUUGGCCUCGGCUUUGCAUGCAAUGGGGGAAGAUGAGAGAGCAAUAGAGGUGUUUCAAAAAGCAAUUGACUUGAAACCUGGUCAUGUGGAUGCUUUGUAUAAUUUGGGUGGACUUUAUAUGGACUUAGGCAGGUUCCAGAGAGCUUCAGAAAUGUAUACUAGAGUUUUGGCUGUGUGGCCUAACCAUUGGCGGGCUCAGCUGAAUAAAGCUGUGUCCUUGUUGGGUGCUGGGGAAACUGAGGACGCUAAGAAAGCCUUAAAGGAAGCCUUGAAAAUGACUAACAGGGUCGAAUUACACGAUGCAAUAUCACAUAUGAAGCAAUUGCAGAAAAAGAAGUUGAAAGGUAAUGGUAGUUCGAAUGGAGAGGGGGCUUUUAUAGUUGUGGAAGCCUCAAAAUUUAAAGCCAUUGGGGAGAAGACUGUUUUGAGACGAGAACUGUCUAGUGCACUUGAAAUUAGGACCUUUCAGAAGAUUACCAGAUUGAAUCGCUGUGAUGUGGAACUUAUUAAGAAGGAAAUCAGUGAACGUGACGUGCCAGUGUCAUAUUCAGGUAGUGGUGUACCUGAGAAGUCCAUACGCAAGCCUAGCUUGGAAGAAAUUCUUCGUAGAUUAUUGAAUUUCUUGAAGCCAGAGACCUUCCAGGGAGCUGUCAAAGCCAUCAACGAGAGGAUACUCUCUGUCUUGGACGAGUCAGGCUCAGGAAGGGUGGACUUGGGCAUGUUUUUCGCUGUUCUUGCUCCCAUUUGCUCUGGCCCCCCCGAAAAGAGAAAGCGGGUUGCAUUCGAUGCACUUGUAUGGCGACCUGUGAACGAUGGCGGUGCUCAGAUCAGAAAAUCCGAUGCAGCCAGGUAUAUCAAAUUGUUGAGGUCCAUAUAUGUUCCUAUUCAAGGAUCCAGUGACAUUCUGGAAGUCCAUGGCCGCACAGACAAUUCUAUUGUGUCGUUGACAGAGUUCCUAGUCAUGUUCAACGACUUGGAUUGGGGUUUUGGUAUCAUGUCCACCCUGUUGAAGCUAGAGACUGGGGACAGAAAUCGUCAUGGAAAUCACGUAUGCACCGUAUGCCGCUAUCCUAUCAUCGGUUCUCGAUUCAAGGAGAUAAAAUCACAUUUUAGCUUGUGUAAUCAAUGCUAUAGCGAGGGGAAGGUGCCUCCUUCAUGCAAGCAAGAAGAAUACAGAUUCAAAGAGUAUGGGAGUGAGACGGAAGCAGUUAAAGACAAGUGCUCCUGCUUCUCAAUGCAAUCCCAUGAUGAUUCUUAGCUAGAUUUCUCUUUCUUUAAACCUGUGUCGUGGUAUUAGAUGUUUCAGUCUCUCAAUUACAUAGCUUCCAAUGUGCUAAGUUGGGUGUUUUGCCCUUUGUAUAAUAAUUUGGUUCCAUCAGGGCUCUGCUAAAUUUGUUUGUUUGUUUAUUUGUUUAUUGCAGUGGUAGAUUUUUCAUC